AUGACCGUGGCGCUGCCGACGGACAACGGAGCCAACUUCAAGCGAAAGCGGAGACAAGACCAUUUUGCACUUCAGUCGGCCAGCCCGAGCGCCAAACGACCCAGGACCGAGCUUUGCGACGGCAACAAAGCAGAAGCCGACGAAGACGGUGAAGAAGACGAUGAUGAUGAAGAAGAUGACAAUGAAGAAGACCACUUCAACGCGCUGCCGGCCGAGUUGCAGGAGCAGAUCUUCGCGCUCGUGCCCCUCCGCCAGCUGCUCGAACUGUCGAGUGUGUGUCGGGCGUGGUACUGCGUGCUGGCGUGGAACGACUCGCUGUGGCACCAGCUCCACCGUCGCCACUUCGGCCCCGUGCCGCCGCUGGUCCCCGGCGCGCCGGUCGUGCGCUACCGCGCGUGGGCGGCCCACUCCACGCUCGAGCGGCCGCCGCUGGCCCCCGCCGCCGACAGCAACUGGCGGAACAAGUGCGUGGCCGCGCACCGGGCCCUCCAUACGAUGCGCGGCGACAGCGAGCGCAACCGCGAGGCCGAGCUCAGGCGGCACCGGACCACCAUCGAGCGCGAGGAGCGGGCCUACAGGCGCAAGCGAUUCCUCUGGGCCGCCAUGCGGAACUAUGUGCAAUUGCUUCGCGAGUGGCUGGCGGAGAAGGGCGGCGAAGAGGAUCCCGAGUUCAUUCAGGAGGCGCUGGUGCAGGCGGCCAAGAACGGGGCCAGGGAGACCGUGGAGCUCUUCGUCACCCUCGGCAUCGGCCUGCACGCUGAGACGGCGUUCCUCAAGGAGGCGUUUGUGUUUGCCUGCAUCGGCGGCCAUCCGAACGUGGUCAAGCUGUUCCUGUCUCACGGGAUCAAAUUUGACCUAGGCCUCAUCCGAGCCGCGGAGCAGGGCUGCACGGAGAUCGUGGGCCUGUUGCUCGAACAUGGCCUCCCCGUGGACGUGCGCGACCUCAAAGGUCGCACGGCGCUGAUGCAUGCCGCCAUGGACAACAACCUCGCCAUGGCCCAGCUGCUGUUGGAAGCGGGAGCUGAUGUGGAGGCGGAGGACCUGGCCAGCUGCACUCCGCUCAAGUACGCCGCGGCCGCGGCAGCCUUGGAGACGGGCCAGCUGCUGGUCAGCAGAGGUGCGGAUGUGAACAACUGCGGAACGGAUCCUCAAAGGCUGCUCUCGCCGAUCGCCCGCUUGCGGCGAGGGAGAGAUCCGCACAGCGCCCAACGUGCCGACGAGUUCAUCGCCGUCCUCCUCAACGAGUGCCGGAUGACCGCGUCGGGGGCGAGUACCUCAGGCGAUCCAUGA